CUCCUCAGGGAGAAGGCAGCAUCUCUGGGUUUGCAUUUAAUGUGCAGCAGAAAUGGAUUCCAAAGAUAGCACCAAGCCCACCAUGCCUGCAGAGCCACCUGCAUACAGGUUUAUGCCUGCAAUGCCCAAGAACCGGAAGGAGAUCAUCCUCAUCUCUGUGGUGGUGGUCCUCUUGGCCAUUAUCAUCACUGGAGCCGUUCUGAUUGGAGUUUACAUGACUCAGAAACACACCGAAAAGAUCAUCCAAAUCACCAGCAGUGGAAGCAACGGGGAAGUGACUGAGCAGACGAUGAUGGUGAGCAGCCAGGAGAACGUGGCUGCCUUUCACAUCGAGGGCAACACAACCUCAGCGACUGUCGUGUAUGACUAUAAACACAGUCUCAUUGGCUUCCGGGUUCAGGACAGAAGGAAAUGUUUGGUUGUGAAGAUGGAUAAGGUCGCCAUACCCAGCCUGGCUGAAAUUACCCAGAGAAUUGAGAACUUCGCCACCCAGCAGGUCCCAGGAGACAACAGCAUGUCUUACAGCUUCCGCGAGAGGCAGCUGGCCGACCGCAAGACCCUGGGCACCUCUCUGAACCUCCUAUGCAGCGAUGUCCCCAUCUACUGGGCUGAGAACAUGCAAAAAGAGCGGCGUGGAUGGAGCCUCUGUGUGGGGAUCUAUGUAUUUAGUGUUUGCUAUAAUUUUUAAACCCACUAAAAGUCUCUUGUCAUUUGUGACAAUCACUCGGUGCGGCCUGCAGUGUUUCCAUGAGCUUAGGCUGCAAUUUGGUUUUGAGCUUUCCUAUUAAAAUGAACCCUUAUAAAAAUUCUUGCCUAACCUAAUAUCUAAUGAAGAAAUAAAAUCUCCAUACUGCC